CGUAAGCCAGUCAGUACGGCGGCAACGCUCCGAGAGUUAAUACGUGUAGUACGUAUCACAAGGUUCCGAUGCGAUGUUUUUCGCGCCGAUUUCGAAUUCCCGUUGUUUAUGUUGAAUGAUCCUUUAAUGUGUUUUAGUUGAACGUAUCGCACUGAUAUAUUGGAGUUUGUGUGAAUAGUGUUUUCAGUGAAGUUUUGUUUAAAAAGUUGUUGCAACUGAGAACUAGUUGGUUUUAACAUAAAUCAAUUCCUUGAGAUUUUCCUUGAUUGUUAGAACCUGACCCCAGAUAGCGGGCAUUCACGUGAAAGAGGAAAAAGAAAGCGCACCAGACAGAGAACUAAAAUCGAUCAUGAAUAUAAGAGAAAUAAGGUGAAGCAAAAGAAUACCGCGUAACUGAUACUAGAAAAGAAAAUGGCGGAAGAAAAGAAAAAAGAUGGCAGCGCACUACUGGCCAAAAAGAAGAAAGUUAAGCCGCGUAAAUCGAGAGACGCAGACUGCUGUAGUGUGAACUUCUUGAAAUGCGUUCUGCACAUCUUUAAUGUGGUAUUCUUGUUUGCGGGCGCCGGCGUACUUGGAGUAGGAGCAUGGACCGUCUCCUACCGGCAUCGCUUCGUAUCUCUCUUGCCGACGCCGACGUACCCAGCUAUAGCGUACCUGCUCAUCAUAGCCGGGGCUAUGGGCGUGCCGCUCUGCGCCCUCGGCUGCUGCGGCCUCAAGACUGAGAACAGAACCAGCUUGUUAUGCUACACAUACUUCCUGCUAAUAACCUUCAUUCUGGAGGUGGGCGCUGGGGGGCUAGCGUACUACUACGAGGUGGCAGUGGAGGAUGAGCUGAGGGCAGAGAUGAAUAACACCUUCCUAUCCAACUACGCGCUGGAUACCACCGUCACCGAUGCAGUGGACCAGAUGCAGACUGAGUUUAAAUGCUGUGGUGCAGUUCGCUACUCGGACUGGCGGCAUAGUCCGUGGCACGAGCACGACCCGCGGCUACUGGUGCCAGACUCCUGCUGCAAGACUGUCACCAACCGUUGUGGCCAGAGAGACCACCCCUCUAAUAUAUACUAUCAUGGUUGCAUCCAUCAAUUCACAAACCACAUACGGGACCACUUGAUAAUCCUGGCGGCGGUGGGCGUGGGCAUGGCGGUGAUCCCCAUCUUCGGGUUCCUGUUCUCGUGCGUGCUGUACGUGAAGAUCAAGCACGUGCUGGACUGACGGCGCGCGGCGGCCGCCUCCCGCAAGGUGCACGACACGCCGCGCCCCCGGCCCGCGCCCCGCCCG